ACUCCCAGCCCGGAGCCAGUUACUCCAUGCAAGGUCCAGAGAGGCGGAUGGUAGGCACGUCCAGACUCACCCAGCACAGACUAAAGUGAAAGUAUCAAGCGGGGAAGGGGUUCAAGAGUCUCUAAACCCGAAAAAAAGAAGCACCCCCCCCCCUGGGAUUUCUACAUUGUUUGUAGAGAGGAUUAUUACGAGGGGAACAACGCUUAUAACAAAGAGGGGGUUCAGCAGCAGCCAAAAUGGAGGUGAAGACAUCACUUCUAGACAACAUGAUCGGGGUGGGGGACAUGGUUCUCUUAGAGCCCCUGACUGAAGACUCCUUCAUUGAGAACCUCAGGAACCGCUUUGACCACAAUGAGAUCUACACAUACAUUGGAAGUGUGGUGAUCUCCAUCAACCCCUACAGGUCUCUGCCAAUCUUCACGCCAGAUAAAGUGGAGGAGUAUCGCAACAGGAACUUUUAUGAGCUCAGUCCACACAUCUAUGCGUUGGCAGAUGAAGCCUACCGUUCACUCAGGGACCAGGACAAGGACCAGUGCAUCCUCAUCACAGGGGAGAGCGGUGCAGGGAAAACUGAGGCCAGUAAGCUGGUGAUGUCGUAUGUGGCUGCGGUGUGUGGGAAGGGCCAGGAGGUGAACAAGGUCAAGGAGCAGCUGCUGCAGUCCAAUCCUGUGUUGGAGGCUUUUGGAAAUGCCAAAACAGUGAGGAAUGACAAUUCAUCCAGAUUUGGAAAGUACAUGGACAUUGAGUUUGACUUCAAAGGGGAUCCUCUUGGAGGAGUCAUUAGCAACUAUCUGCUGGAGAAGUCACGGGUUGUGAAGCAGCCAAGAGGAGAGAGGAACUUUCACGUCUUCUACCAGCUGUUGUCUGGAGCCUCUGAGGACACACUCAAGAAAUUAAAGCUUGAACGAGACUUCAGUAAGUACAACUACCUUAGCCUGGACUCGGCCAAUGUCAAUGGGCUGGACGAUGCAUCCAACUUCAGGACAGUCAGAAAUGCCAUGCAGAUUGUGGGCUUCAUGGAGGAUGAGGUGCAGUCAGUGCUGGAGCUGGUAGCGGCCGUGCUGAAGCUGGGCAACAUUGAGUUCAAGCCCGAGUCGCGCUGCAAUGGCUUUGAUGAGAGCCGGGUCAAAGACAAAAAUGACUUGAAGGAGAUGUGUGAGCUGCUGGGCAUCGAGCAGUCCGUUCUGGAGAGGGCUUUCAGCUACCGCACCGUGGAGGCCAAGAUGGAGAAGGUGUCCACCACACUCAACGUGGCCCAGGCCUACUAUGCCCGCGACGCCCUUGCCAAAAAUCUCUACAGUCGUCUGUUUAGCUGGCUGGUUGCCAGGAUCAAUGAAAGCAUUAAAGCUCAAACCAAAUCCCGUCAUAAGGUGAUGGGUGUGCUGGACAUCUACGGCUUUGAGAUAUUUGAGGACAACAGCUUUGAGCAGUUUAUCAUCAACUACUGCAAUGAGAAGCUACAGCAGAUCUUCAUUGAGCUGACCCUCCGUGAGGAGCAGGAGGAGUACAUCAGAGAGGGCAUCGAGUGGACCAACAUUGAAUAUUUCAACAACGCCAUCAUCUGCGACCUCAUUGAGAAUAACCAGAAUGGCAUCUUGGCCAUGCUGGAUGAGGAGUGUCUAAGGCCUGGCACGGUCACAGACGACACGUUCCUUGACAAACUAAACACAGUCUGCGCUGAACACCAACACUUUGAGAGUCGACUCAGCAAGAAUUCAAAGUUCCUCACCGACCACAGCCUACCACACAGUUGCUUUCGCAUCCAGCAUUAUGCUGGCAAGGUUCUGUACCGUGUUGAGGGUUUUGUGGACAAGAACAAUGACCUGCUGUACCGCGACCUGUCGCAGGCCAUGUACAAGGCCAACCACAGCCUCAUCAAGCAGCUGUUCCCUGAAGGUAACCCAACAAAGGUGAAUCUGAAGAGACCCCUGACAGCUGGAUUCCAGUUCAAGGCAUCGGUGGGCACUUUGAUGAGGAACUUGCAGACCAAGAACCCAAACUACAUCAGGUGUAUCAAGCCCAAUGACAAGAAGGCAGCCCACAUCUUCACAGAGUCUUUGGUGUGCCAUCAGGUGCGCUACUUGGGCCUAAUGGAGAACGUGCGUGUGAGGAGGGCAGGCUAUGCCUUCCGUCAGAUGUAUGAGCCCUGCCUGGAGCGCUACAAGAUGCUCUGCAAGCAGACCUGGCCACACUGGAGAGGGCCUGCCAGGGAAGGAGUGGAGGUGCUGAUGGCAGACCUCCAGGUCCCAGCAGAAGAGUUUGCUUACGGACGCUCCAAGAUCUUCAUCAGGAACCCCAGAACGCUUUUCUUCCUAGAGGAGCGAAGAAGGCAGUGUCUGGAGGACCUGGCCACCCUCAUCCAGAAGAUCUAUCGUGGCUGGAAGUGCCGCACACAGUUCCUACUGCUGAAGAAGAGUCAGGUGGUGGUGGCGGCAUGGUACCGCAGAUACGCGCAACAAAAGAAGUACCAGAAGAUCAAAAGUGCCACCACUGUUGUGCAGUCCUUUACCAGAGGAUGGAAGGCCCGCAAGAUCCUGAGAGAACUGAAAUAUCAGAAGAGAUGUAAGGAAGCAGUGACCACCAUUGCAGCCUAUUGGCACGGAACUCAGGCUCGGAUGGAGCUGAGACGUCGAAAGCAAGAGGCACGGAAUAAACACGCGGUGACAAUUAUUUGGGCGUACUGGCAGGGAACCAAGGCUCGUAGGGAACUGAAGAGACUGAAGGAGGAAGCCAGGCGUAAGCACGCUGUCGCUGUGAUUUGGGCCUACUGGCUAGGACUCAAGGUCCGUCGAGAAUACAGGAAGUUUUUCAGGGCCAACGCUGGCAGAAAGAUCUACGACUUCACCAUCCAAAGAAUUAUGCAGAAGUAUUUCCUGGGCUUAAAGAGUGCCAUGUCCGCCAUGUCGCCCAUAAAUAAGAACUGGCCGGCCAGGCCCUACCUCUUCCUGGACCAGACCCACACUGAGCUCAGGAGGAUCUUCCACCUCUGGAGGUGCAAGAAAUACAGGAGCCAAUUCACAGAGGAAAAGAAGGCUGUGUAUGAGGAGAAGCUGGAGGCCAGUGAGCUCUUCAAAGAUAAGAAGGCCCUCUACCCCAGCAGUGUGAGCCAGCCUUUCAUAGGAGACUACGUGGAGAUCCGCAAGAACCCAAAGUACCAGAAGCUCAACAGUGCCGUGGAAGAAAAGGUUCUACUGGCCGACGUGGUCAACAAGAUCAACAGGGCCAACGGAAAGGGCGCAGCUCGAAUCUUCCUGCUGACCAAAAGCAGCUUUGUUCUGGCUGACCAGAAGACGGGCCAGGUGAAGGCCAGCGUCCCCCUGCCCGACCUCACUAGUGUGUCAGUCAGCACACAGAACGACGGCUUCUUCGCCCUGCGACUCAAAGAGGGGUCCGCUUCUGCUGCGAAAGGAGACUUCCUGCUUAGCAGCGAGCAUCUAAUUGAGAUCAUCACCAAACUCUACCGCGUUGGCGCCACCGACAGAGAACAGCUCAGCAUCGACAUCUCAGAUGAGUUUCUCGUGCAAUUCAAACAGGACAAGGUGUGUGUGAAAUUUCUCCAGGGAGGCCCCAAGAACGGCAACAGCGUGUCCUGCAAGCGCAAGAACAACCGCCUACUGGAGGUGCUGGUGCCCUCGACGGCAUAAGGGCCCAGCCCC